CAUGGAGUAGCCUGGAGCCUAUGUGUCCUAUGAGUAUCUUGGCAGAAAGAAGUUAAUCAUUGCGUGCAUUAUUUGUAAUUAUUUAUUGUCACUUUUCUUUCUGAAACACGAUUAUUUUUACACGAGUGAUCAAGUGGACUUUAGUCAGAUUUGUCUCCAUUCAAUUUGGUGUCGAACUGCUUCAAACCCUGAGCUGUCCGUUCAGACAUGCUGGGACCCGACGAAGAUUUCUAUCAAUCCGCUUUUAUCAUAUUGCUCACUCGGAUUUUACUUGUCGGAUUUAACUCAGAGAGAUGAAGAUAUUCACUUUUUUAACUGCAUCAUUACUAAUGCACAGUGUGUCUGGCGAUGAUGAAGUGAAGUCGUUAUUUGUGACAGAAGGAGAUUCAGUCACAUUAUACGCUAACGUAACGGAUAUACAAACAGAUGAUCUGCUCAUUUGGACUUUUGGACUGGACAAUACUGUCAUAGUUAAUAAUUUUGAAGUUAAGAAAUAUAGAGACAGACUGCUGGUGAACCAAAAAACAGGAUCUCUCGUCAUCAAUAACAUCACAGUGAACUUUUCGGGAAUUUAUAAAUUGGAAAACAUCAGGAAGAGCACAUACAGGUUAUUCAGAGUUACAGUCUAUGCUCACCUGCCUGUUCCUGUCAUCAUCUUCAACUCUCUUCAAUGUCCAUCAUCGUCAGGAUCAUCAGACUCUAAAUGUGUCCUGCUGUGUUCAGUGGUGAAUGUGAGCGCUGCGAGUCUCUCCUGGUACAAAGGAAACAGUGUAUUGUCCAGCAUCAGUGUGUCUGAUCUCAGCAUCAAUGCUUCUUUACACCUGGAGGUGGAAUAUCAGGAUAGAAACACCUACAGCUGUGUGAUCAAUAAUCCCAUCAGCAACCAGAGCACACAUCUGGACAUCGACACACUCUGUCAGACAUGUAAAGCUCAAGGACCGUCCACCAGCAUGAUAGUGGGCAUAUGUGUUGGUCUACUCCUGGCAGCAGUUGCAGUUGCAGUUGCAGGCUAUUAUUACCUCAAAAAGUCUCCAAAAACAAAUCAGAACCGAGAACAUCCAUUGAAUGAAGCUGGUCAACUGCCCCUUCUCCCGCCUGCUGCUAACAACGAAGAGGCAGGCCCAGGAAUGCUGCCCAGCACCAAUCAUGAGCCCAUCACUACAGAAAGGGCAGUUCCAGCUCCUGUGGACCAGGUUGAUAACCAAAUCACUGGUGUAACUCCUGGGGGAAACAGUCACCAAAAUAAUGAUGCGGAAAUAACCGUUCCACACAGAUAUUUACCAAACGAUAUAUUUCAUGAUGAGCCAGAUCUAUUAAGGAAUAUAAGAGUGAAGUCGGGAGAAAGCAUCACUCUAAAGACUGGUGUCACCGAAAUAAAGAGAGAUGAUGUGGUAAAAUGGAAAUAUGGGGAUUCCAGAGUAUCUGACUGCACAACCUUAUUUAAGGUCAUAGCUGUAGUCUAUGAAGGGAGCAGUAGGUGCAAGGAAGGCCCUGAUGGAAGAUUCAAAGACAAACUAGAGUUGGACCGUAAGACUGGAAAUCUCAAAAUCAAGAACGUGAGAGUCAAACACUCUGGACAUUACAAACUCAAGAUCGAAAGCAACACACACCCACUUUCCAAAACAAUCAAAGUCACCGUACGUGCUGGUACAGCAUCUGUGUUGGAUGAUCCAAAUGAUUUGUCCUUGAUACCAGAAGAGGAACCCCAAAACACUACUACAUAUUCGGUUGAGCCAGCCAACACUACUUUACCAUCCAAUGAGGACACAGAUGAGGAGUUGUCUUAGUUAUAAAUGGUGGGGAAUGGAGACACAGCUGACUAAAGUCAUGCCACAAAAAAUGCAUAUGAGGCAUGUUUAAUCUGCAGAAAAGCAAUGCAAAAAAAACAUACAUAAAGGUGGCAACACCAAAGCGCCAAAAAUAUGAAUUUACGUGCACACCGGCACUUCAUCUGUGCACUUUUUAAGUUAAUAAAUACAUAUUUUUGGAGCUUUGGUGUUCUCACCUUAAUGUAUGCUUUGUUGUUUGACAAAGCACCCAUUUUAGAUUGAUGUUACGUGCUUUUGUGCAUUUUUUCUUACAAAAACAAUGCAGCCAUAAAGGUUUCAGAUUUGCAUUUACGCCAUGUUCUAACAACACACAAUGUCAAAAGAUUUCAGCGACAAGCAGACACCACAUGGGAGAAUUAUAUAUAUUCCAGCCAUUCAAAAGCACAGAAACUAAAUGGACAGGUUUAUAAUCCAAUUAAUAAGCAUGAAACCUCAUUAGCAUUAAUAAAAGUAUAGCAUGCAUGAUGCUACAUAGAACUAACUUUUAUGUUUAAACAUGUUUGCUAGUUAUUACAUUUUUAAAAUCUGAGGUAAACCCCAAAUAACUGCUGGCGCCUUCAGUAUGGCAAUUCCAACACCAUUUUUCUCUUCCUGAUACCUGAGCUCAGGAUAUCGGCCGAUUCAGAAUACUGAACUGAUACCUGAGUGUGUAUCUGUAGAAAUAUUUGUGUAAACUACUAGCCUUGUAUAAACUGGCAGACAGUUCAGCCACAAAUCAAUCGAUUCAAGUUUUACAGAAUAAUAACUAUAAAAUUCACUGCAAAAAUAAAGAAAUAUCUAAAAAGAAUAUGAAUAAUACAGAAAAAUAUAUUAUUUAAACUUAAAAUUCAGGCAUUUUUGUAAAUAAAAUAAUGCGUUUACCUCUUCUUUGCUGCUCUAACAAUGGUUGUUUCUGUGCUUGCAAUGUUAAGCAAAGCUAGCGGGCAUAUGUCUCAUUAAAAAAAGAUGGUAUUGGAUCGGUUUAUGGUUUCAAAUAUACACCAAUACUGAUGCCAAAAUGUUUGCAGUAUCAGUGAGUAUUUUCAAUAUUAGUAUUGUUAUCGGAAAAGCCCUACAUAAAAUGGUAUUCAAUUUCACAUUAGUAGCAUUUAAUGCUAAAUAAAACACAUCAUCAGCACCUAAGGCGAUCUGUCACAGUAGAAAUUAUUGUCAUACAAAAAUGGUAGCGGAUGCUUAGGACAAAAACUCAUUUGAACAUGGAAAAAAAUGUCACAUUGAAUUACAUACACUUAGGACAUGGUGUUAUCUGCAAAAAUGACUAAAACAUUGUAUUAUGUAGGUAUACUAGGCCAGUAUUUGGCACUGCCUUUUUGUUAGUGAACAAUAAUGUACCUGAAAGGAACUGACAACAUGCUAAUGGCGGCACUGUUAUGUCAAAUUUGCUAUAAAAAAAUGGCUAUACUAUGGCUGCAUAAUGCAAUAAGCUCUUUUCUGUGAUUGUUUUAAGACUUACAAUAUUUGCCUAUAUGUGAAAUGAAUAACAAAACCGUCAAACUACUUGCUUUACAAACCAGGGAGUAAAAAUAAAAAAUACUAUUAUUGCGCAUGUUUGUUCGUGCUUAAAAAAGUUGUUAAAAAAAUGUAUUGAGCAUGUCUACAUAACAUGUAGCUACAAUAUAAUUAUUGCCAUAAUGAGUGUUUAUAUAGAAAUAUGACAGCAUGUUGAAGAAUGUACUUUUAAAACAGCAGACAAAACACAUAAAACCUUUUGGCCCUAUACAUCCCACAUGAAAAAUUACAGUAAAUACUAGUGUUUUUGAAUUGAUUCAAUCUUUUGUGCUAAUUAUAAAGUUUACAAUACACCACCGUUUUCUGCAGUAAAACCUAAAGUAUACAACAUAAUUUAUUACAGUUUAUCAGUCCACAAGAUAUGCAGUGGCAUUCAUUAACAAUGUGUCUAUGCAGUAUAACACAUUGUAUGGAUCAAAACGACUGUAAUAUUUAUCAAGAGAAGUUAUUAGUUAAAUUUUCGGUAAUGUUUGUGUGCUUCAGUGAAUCACAUUUGUAUCUAUUUAAACUUUAAAUGAUAUCUUAAUGAUUAAUAAAACAUAUUUUCAGCGUUUGAGGGAUGUUUAGUGUAUUCUGAUCCACAAUAUGCCCCGAUUAGCUAUUUCAGAGGUUACUGUCGGUCAAACUAUGCAGCUAAUUUGACGUAACUUUUAAGCUGUAACUAAAAACAACCACCUAUUUUACUAGAAAAGUUUCUUGUGAACACUUACGAUGUCUAUGAUUACCGUAGAUCUGCCGGUUUUACUGUUGAAUGAACCUUUUUUUCCCGCACAAACUGAUUGGCGCGAUUAUGCGUUCACAAUGGUGCGAACCAUUAUAGGGGUGCACAAAUGGAUAUUUUAUAUUAACUAAUAUUUCAAUUAUUUAUAUAAUUAUUUAAGAUACAUGUCAGAAACUAUUUCUCAAUAUUAAAGGACUGAGCCCGAUACAUCUCGUUUUGACGUCCUUAACGCCGCAUCAAUCGUUAAUUGGGAGUUUAUCCUCCCCCUAAAAAACUGUAAGUCGCACCAUGACAACAGCAACAAAAUGUGUGGUUGUUUUAUUUCACACCACUAUGUGUCUCACAGGGAUGCCCAAACUCUGUUCUGGAGGGCUGGUGUCCUGCAUAUUUUAGCUCUAACCCCAAUUAAAAACAUUUGAACCAGCUAAUCAAGCUCUUUUUAGGUAUACUAGAAACUUUCAGGCAGGCGUAUUAAAGGAAGUUGGAGCUAAACUAUGCAGGACACUGGCCCUCCAGGACUAAGUUUGGCACCCCUUUAUUGUUUCUGUACUGGAUGGUUAGUAAGAAAUCACUUGAUUGUGUGGGUCUGUGUGUGUUUUUGUGCAAUAUUACUGUGAAUUGUUUUGGUGAUAUCUGCUAUUUGUUGCAAAAAGGAACCAAGCACAGCAAUAAAAUUACAUAUACUAUUUAUUUAGAAAACAACGAAUUAAUUAAAUGCAAUCAUUAACCGCUGCGCUACUGUCACAUGGUGUUGAAAACUGUUGGUUUCAAAGCAGUUUUCAUUAGUUUCACCCUAACACAUUAUCAUAAAACACAAACAUUUGCAUCCAAAUUAUUUAAAAUAAGAGAAAAAAGAAAUAUUGAAUCUCAUAUUGUAUUAGAGUUCACCAGGGAUUGAUUGUAUUAUACUUAUUAUUUCAAAAUAACUUAUGUCCUAUUUGCAAACAAUGUUUAUAAUUUUAAUGUGAUAGUUUUAAGUACACUUUAUUUUCAUACUGUGAUACUAUGCGGAUGCUCAAUGUACUGUAAAUUCACUCAGUACAGUAUUGUGAGAUAUUAAUGAAACAUUUUCGACUUUUAUGAAAUGAUUCUGUGUUUUUGUAACAGCAAGAGUUGUCAAGAAAUGUUUUAUAUUUCUAGAUUAUUU